AAAGUAAUGCUUAUGCUAUUAAAGUAUAGAAUAAAUGCUAAUGCAUUCAGUUUUGGUAGUAUCUUCAAGCAGCAAACAUUAGUAAAGUUGUGAUAAUGGCAUCGAAAGAUAUAACCACCGAGAAUUCUGGUCCGAAAUUAGGCGUGCGACAUUUGCAAAGUAUACUGAUAUUUUUCGGUUUCUGCGUGGCGUUUAUGCAACGCGUAAAUCUCUCAGUGGCCAUUGUGGCAAUGAUGGAUCGGAAUUACACAAAUCCAGAUUUUCCGGAGUAUGCCUGGUCGGAGCAAACAAAGUCACUGCUACUAAGCAGCUUCUUUUGGGGCUACUUCCUCGUGCAGAUACCAAGCGGUCAGCUGGCACAACGUUUCGGUGGUAAAGUAAUGUUACUCUUCAGUGUCGGCAUUUCUGGAUUUCUGGCUUUAUUGACGCCCUUAAGCGCACAACUGGGCGAUUGGCAAUUGACAUGCGUCUUGCGAUUUUUGCAAGGUUUCUGUCAAGGUUCCAUAUAUCCUUCGACGCAUACGCUUUUAGCCCAAUGGGCGCCACCUGCUGAACGUGGUAUACUUGCAACAAUUUGCUUUUCCGGCCCGCAAUUCGGCUCGAUAAUUAUAUUGAGCAUAAGUGGCAUACUAGCCGCUUCAAAGUAUGGGUGGCCGAGCAUUUUUUAUAUUUCCGGCGGUUGUGGCAUUAUCUGGUCUUUUGUGUGGUUGCUGUGGGGCGCUGAUUCACCACGUCGUUCAAAACUAAUUACAACAAAGGAGCGGAAUUACAUCGAAUCAGCAUUAGCAGUGGUUUCUAAGAGUGAGAAUAAUGCCACCUCAGCUAAGUUACCAACACCUUGGUUGAGCAUAUUCACAUCCGUUCCCUUUUGGAUGUUAAUCAUUCUCUGUAGUUCCUACACUUGGGGCUAUUGGACAAUGAUGACACAAAUACCCUCGUACAUAAAGAAUGUGUUAGACAAGGAUAUCCAAAGUAAUGCUCUGCUCUCCGCCUUACCAUAUACCGCUAAUCUGGUACUCGGUCUGUGUUUCUGUGUCCUUGCUCAGGUACUGCUGUCAGCGAAGGUGUUAAGCACAAAUGCUAGUCGUAAGAUCUUUAACACGAUCGGAAUGUGGGUACCGAUGGCGGCCAUCAUUGCGCUAGGGUUCGUCGACGUCCAUAGAGCCGAUUUGGCCGUUAUUCUACUAACUGUAGCUGUGGGCACCAACUCAGCAACAUUUUUGGGUGGAUUUGUGAAUCAUAUUGACUUAUCACCGAAUUUCGCAGGCACUUUGAUGGGCAUUACAAACUGUGCGGCUAAUGUGAUGAGCAUUAUUGCACCGUUAGUUGUUGGAGUCAUUGUGACAGAUACGACAAACCCAAUCCAGUGGCGUUUUAUUUUUAUCAUUAUGGCAUUGUUCUAUUUCAUUGGCAAUUUUGUGUUUAUAACUUUGGGUAGCACUAAAUUGCAGACGUGGAACGAGCCAGUAAAACGAGAUACAAAUCAUGAGCAUAUUAAAGAUCAAGCAGUUACAGGUGACUUGGAGCAUAUCUAAUCUAAAUGUUUAUAUAAAUACAUGCAUAUGUGUUCAACAAAAUGUGGAAUGACGAAAGUAUCUUCAUUACAUUUAGCAAACAAACGGAGAUGGAGCAUAAUGCCAAUUCGGAAAGUCAUCGAAAAUGUAUUAGAUAUGAGAAUAAUUAGUUUUUAUGUUUUAAGGUUUUUCUAUUUGAUAGAUUUUAUUUAAUUUAAUUUGUUGGUUUUUUGGUUUGUUUUGUGUUUUUUUUUUGCAUAAAAUUGUCCGGUUAUAUUUUCUGUGUCAGAAGUAAUACUUUUGUCAUCAGCCAUCUGUGUUCUCCCAUAAAAGGCAACAGUAGAUUUCAAAAUAACAUUAACUUAACACUCCAAAUGCCAAAGUCAAGAAAUCAAACGACAUUGCCAAGGGUAGCACCACAGUCAGCAAUACCAAGGUUAGAUUAGAUUCGAUGGCUGAUGCUCAGGAUGCGGAUCUCACUUAGACUACUAUAUUUAGUUUUUUUAAAUUAAUAUCAUAAUAGUUAUAUAUAACUCCUUUUUCGUUUUUUAUGGCCACAGAACAGAAGUUGAUAGAAAGCUUCUGACAAUAAACCCUUCCACCAGCUUUUCUCCUCUUCUAGCCAUAAUACGAUAGUAUGCAGGAUAGUGUCCACUGACCGACCCUAACAAUCAGCGUUAUGCGCUUGUGAUAAAUGGUCCCUCGGAAAACGCCCACUUAUCUGCAAGUCGAUCAGCCUCAAACGCAUAUGCUGUACGGAGGAGGAGAAGCUGGUAUGCAUUUCUUCACUGCUCAAGGCUCACUUUCAAAUACAUUCUUAAUAUAACGCAUGGUGAUGGAGUUCUUUGCAAGGAUACGCCUGAACAUUGACGAUUCAUGAUAAUCCUCUACUUUUUUCCAGAAGCUUUCCAUGAAAACAUUUUUGCCCCUCUUAUCUCGGGUUAGUAUAUUCCAAGUUUCGUUUUAUUCAAAGUUCAAUUUGUUAAAUAAUCGUCGUCAAGACUCCCUGAUUUCCGCGACGUCGAUUGUCCUUUCGGUGUUUUCAGUGAAUAGGAGCUCUCCAGUGCAACUUUAUAUGCCGAACUGGAGACUUUGAUACAUUCGCCCACCGCGUCUGUGGUAAGCAAUGAAUUCAACCCCGGCGCGCAUGGAAGAGCUUGACGGAGCUUCUAGAAUACAGUACCCUCCAGUCUGAGAUCUGAGGAGGAGAUGCGCUUCAACCAAGCUCUUAGUGAGUAUCGUGUGGCAUAUAUGCUGAGGUUGGGUAUAAUUCUCCAGAGCCUCAUUUCAAUUUUGUCGUCAUCACAUCAGCAUUUCUGAAAAGAAGUAAUAGAGAAACUGACACUACAUUGGAUUGGGCCUUUAUACGUAUUCGUUUUACCAUCUUCCACGUACCCGUACGUUGCAAAACCUAAUAAUCUCCUUAAUCUCUCCUGCGAAGGAUGGUCCAGCCAGUCAAACGUGAGGCCCAACGAUUUAGUGAUUUCACUAAAGGUUGGCGCAGCUCCUGUUCGCGGUCGCUUUUCAAGGGAGGCUUCCUCCUUUUCGCAGUGGCUUUCGAUCUUGCCAUGUCAUUCUCGCUCUCAGUAUGUUGCUCAGCAACGGUUUGAUGUAGCUUUGGUGCUGUCCCUACAGAACCCCUCAUGAGUCUAGCUGAAGGAAACGAUCUUUCACCUCCAUUAGUUGGGACGGGUUAGUCACCCUAAACGCAAUACUUAAUUAUUCAUUCAGAUUGGAUCCCCACACAGGUUCUAGCGAAUUCUUGAAAGUGCUAAUCCUUCCAGGAGUUGAAGGUCUCAUAUCGUUUAGCAUUACCCGACCAACUUAGAAGCGACUUACAAUUCAUACUAAGAACGCCUCCAAUAUAUUGUAGGCACAAAUAGUUUCGACAUAAAACUAAAAUACUAAUUUACAUGAAGAAAAGUUUAAUGGAAAUGUAUAAUGUUUAUCAAACAAUAAUAAAUGUUAUUAUUCUUAUCAACUGAAGAGCU